UAGGCUUCUCAACCCCGCCGGGGAGGCUCUCCAUGAUGGCUUUCGUCCUCAAUGCACUUACCUGUGCUCUGGGCUUGCUGUACUUCAUCCGCCGAGGAAAGCAGUGCCUGGAUUUCACAGUCACAGUUCACUUCUUCCACCUUCUGGGCUGCUGGAUUUAUAACUCGCACUUUCCCUCCACCCUGACGUGGUGGCUGGUGCACAUCGUGUGCACUGCGCUGAUGGCUGCCAUCGGGGAGUACCUCUGCAUGAGGAUAGAACUCAGAGAAAUCCCCCUCAAUUCUGCCCCCAAAUCCAAUGUAUAGACUCACUCUGGCAACAACAUGCUGCAUUAUGUUAUUGUUUCCAGCACAAGUGCAUCUAAUGCCCAAGAAUCAUCACUGAAGAAGCACAGCAGGUCUGUUUAGACUUGGGUGGGGUUUUUUUGGGGGGACCUUGGUGACCGCAUGAGUGUGAGCAUCUCCUUUGGCCUCAGCUGACAACAGGGGAGGAACAGAUGUUUAUUUUGCUAACACAAAGCAUUUAAUGACUGUAUGGCAAGUGUGCUUUUAAACUCUUCACUCAUGAGACUGUUCAAAGCCAGGUAGCAAAACUUGAUGCGUGAGGAGCAUCUGG